CUUAAACUUAAAGCUUACGAAAUUUAAAUAAAGUUAUAGACAUCUCUUUCGCAACAACACCUACGUCAACUACUUUUAUAAAUCUGCUACAUAAUGACCAGCAUAGAUGAACUUUUCAAGGCAUCCGGCGUCGGUAACAAGCGCAAGCUAGAACCUCUUCGGGAUCCCAAUGAAGUCUACAAAUCUGCCCGCUUAACUUCCAAUGGUAGCAGCAGCCGACACGCGCGCGUCGAGGACGAAAAUAUAAACGAUAACGAAGAUGAUGACGUCGAAGCAGGACCCGCGCCCCCUCCGGAAGACGAAGAAGGCGAUUACGGACCCGAUCUCCCGCCCGACGACGAUGAGGAAGGGCGCUUCUUUGGCGGCGGAAUCACGGCGCAGGAGAAGGAAGUGUUAGACUACGUCGACGACCCGGACCCCAGCGCGAACGCGGCGCCGGACAAGUUCGACAGCGCGUGGCUACGACGGACGGCCCUCAACUUCGAAAAGCGGAUCAACAAGAACGCCGAGCUGCGCGCCAAGUUCGAGGACGAGCCUCAGAAGUUUAUCGCGAGCGAGGCCGACCUCGACGCCGACAUAAAGGCCCUCUCCAUCCUCUCCGAACACCCAGAGCUGUACCCCGAGUUCGCGAAGAUCGGAAGCGUCGCGAGUCUCGUGGGACUGCUCGCGCACGAGAAUACCGAUAUUGCGAUAGACGCUAUCGAGAUCAUUAACGAGUUGACGGACGAAGACGUCGCGGCCGAGGACGAUCAAUGGAAUGCGCUGGUCGACGCCCUCCUAGAAGCAGAUCUGCUGGGAUUGCUGGUAUCUAAUUUCGAGAGGCUGGACGAGGAGCAAGAAGUCGAUCGGAGCGGCGUAUACUACGCGCUCAGCAUAGUUGAAAAUUUAUGCAGCGGACGGACAACGACUGCAGAACAAGUUGCGGAAAGCGAUAGCUUGCUCAAGUGGCUACUUCGACGUAUACAAGCCAAGGAGGCCAUGGUCAGUCAGAAUAAGCAGUAUUCCGCCGAGGUCCUAGCGAUAUUAGUGCAGACGUCUUCGAAGAACAGGAGGAAACUCGUUAGCUUGGAUGCCGUGGAUAUUAUGCUGCAGCUCGUAGCAUCGUAUCGGAAACGCGACCCCGAAAAAGGCGGCGAGGAGGAGGAGUACAUGGAGAACUUGUUCGAGGCUUUGACUUGUAUCGCGGACGAACCCGAAGGAAAGACUAAAUUCGUCGAGGCCGAGGGUGUCGAGCUCUGCCUGAUCAUGUUGAAAGAGGGCAAGAUGAGCAAACCCGCCGCGCUUCGGCUGCUAGAUCAUGCCGCGGGGGGGCCCGGCGCGUCAGGGACCAGCGUGUGUCAGAAGAUAGUGGAAGCGGGCGGAUUAAAGAACAUUUUCACGCUAUUUAUGAAGAAAAACAACGACAGCCAGACGACGGAGCACCUUAUCGGUAUAUUCGGGUCGAUGCUACGUCUAUUACCGGCCGACUCGGCGGAGCGGAUUCGAACGUUAGCUAAAUUUGUGGAGAAGGACUACGAGAAGACGGAGAAACUGGUUAAAUUAAGGAGGGAGUACGCGGCACGGCUAGGUUCGGUGGACGAGGCGAUCCGAGCGGAACAGAGCGGGAUGAGCGCCGAGGAAAAGGAAGAAAUGGCAGACGAGUGGUUCUCGCGACGGCUCGACGCCGGCUUGUUCUGCCUGCAGACGCUGGACGUAGUGCUAGCUUGGCUUGUAGCCGAGGACGACGGCGCGAGGAAGACGAUCCAGAAGUUACUCGCGGACCGCGACGAAACGCUCGCUACUAUUAAGUCUACGCUGCAAGAACAGAUUGACGGCAUCGACGUGGAUGACGCGGAGGGCAAAGAUACCAAGGAAAUGCUUACGACACUGGUGGAAUUCCUACAAUAAUACGAACGAACGGGCGGAACGGAUGAGGGGAGGGUUGGUUGGUAGCAUGUAAUAGUUAUAGUAGUAGUAAUCAGUGAAUAAUGCGUAUUCGUGCCGACUUCUCAGCACGACAUCCCUCAAAAUCUCUUCUAUGAACAAAUAGACGGACAGACAAGGCCGCUCUCGCAGUUAGUGAUACCGACCCAUCUUUUCUUCGCGUUUCUU